ACAAACGGACAUUCGGCGAACACAUCACAGGACAUUCGACGAACACAUCACAGGCACAAUUAGCUCGCAUGGUUUGGAAUCAAUCAUCAACAACAAUCGCAUUUUUAACCUUACUCUUUUUACACAAUGAACAGGGUGAUAAAGAAGACUAUUUUAAAUGUAUGUGCACGGAGAAUUCCAAGGAAGUUUUUUUGUUCUGAGGUUGUUAAAGUUGCUGGUUCCACUGAUCUUGUACCUUCCAAUGAGCAUGAGAAGAAGCCAAUUAUUAGUGAAGUUAUUCCAGAAUAUGAUAUUGCUAUUGUUGGAGGAGGCAUGGUUGGCAUGUCUUUAGCUUGUUUCUUAGCUAGCAUGCCAAUGACAAAGCAGUUGAGUGUGGCAAUUAUUGACAGCAAUCCAGCUCUGGCUAGUGGCUUAAGCAUCCAAAGAGAAGACCCUCCUGAUCCUAGAGUCAGUACAGUGACUCCUGCUUCUAUAUCAUUUCUCCAAGAUGCCGGUGCUUGGAAAUAUGUUGAGCAAAACAGACAUGCUUAUUUUAAAAAAAUGCAGGUCUGGGAUUAUACUGGUUUUGGGUAUGCUAGAUACGAUGCAGGAGAUGUAAAUAAAGACUUUCUAGGGUGUGUAGCAGAGAAUAAAGUGCUUCAUAGUGCCUUAUUGUCACGCGUAAAGGAUUCUGGUUUCAAGACAACAUUCUAUCCGACGAGGUUAACUUCAAUGACGUUGAAUGCAAACUCUAUGUCUACUGUGGAGAAGAGUAUACCAUCCAAAGAACUACCGUCUGCUCAAGGUCAUACUUCAAAGCUGCAACUUAGUGAUGGCAGUAGCAUAUAUGCCAAGUUGGUGGUUGGGGCCGAUGGAGGAAAAUCCCGCGUUAGGGAAUUAGCAGGAUUCAAAACAACUGGGUGGAAUUACUCUCAGAAUGCAAUCAUCUGUACUGUAGAGCAUACUUCUGCUAAUCAUUGUGCGUGGCAACGGUUUCUACCUAACGGCCCAAUUGCACUUCUUCCUAUGGGUGAUAAUUUUAGCAACAUUGUUUGGACCAUGAGUCCAACUGAGUCAAACGAUCGCAAAUCAAUCACCGAGGAAAUGUUUUUGAAGGAUGUGAAUUCUGCUCUUGAUGAUGGAUAUGGACCUCAUCCGGCGUCAAGCUCAUUAGGAACUCGAGACAUGUUUUCUUGGCUUAAAAUGGAUGCAACUUUAUCAGCUAAUGAAUCCUUUGAAAUUCCUCCAAAAGCAAUAAGAUUGGCAUCUGAAAGGAUGGUGUUUCCUCUGUCUUUACGGCAUGCCAAUUCCUAUGCAUCAAAACGCGUUGUUCUAAUAGGAGAUGCGGCCCACACUAUCCAUCCCCUUGCCGGUCAAGGAGUUAAUUUAGGUUUUGGUGAUGCAUUUUCUCUUUCCAAAGUUAUUGCAGAGGGUAUUGCUUUGGGAUCUGAUAUUGGAGAGGUAAAUUUGUUAAAGAAGUAUGAAGCCGAUAGGAAACCAGCGAACAUUGCGAUGAUGGCGUUACUCGACGGCUUCCAAAAAGCUUACUCUAUUGAUUUUGGGCCUUUUAAUUUUCUACGAGCUGCAGCCUUCAAUGGAGCAAACCAUAUUUCACCACUCAAGAGAAGAAUAAUUUCUUAUGCUUCAGGGGAAAAUAAAUUGCCCAUUUUCUUCUGAACAUAAAAAUGUAGUUGAUUUAAAUUUAAAGUCAUUGCUUUAACAGCAUUUGACACUUGGCCAAUUAUUUUGUUAUGCCUUGAUCAAAAUAAGUUUUGGCCUAAGGUUCAGCAACACCUUAGUUUUAUCCUUGUAAAGUUUUUAUGCAUCAAUGGGUGGAAGUUGGUCAGUCUUGCGUCUUGCUAAGUCUACUGUGGUAAGCUAUAUAUUUACGAUGAGAGUUACUGCAUCAAUACAUGACAAUAGUAUGAUAGUAAAAUAGUGUUCUCUAUUAUAGUUUUUGAUUAAAUUUUUUUAGGUGAGAUAGACUCCGGUGGUUCAUUAGGUUUAAGUAGGGGUGUUCGCGGUGCGGUUUGGUUCGGUUUUGAGCGUAAAAGUCAUCCUAACCGCGAGAUAAAAAUCCAUGCGGUUCGGUUUGGUUCGGUUGGUUUUUAAAAAUUGAUCCAAACCAAACCAACCCAAACCAAUGCGGUUAGGAUCGGUUCGGUGGCUGCGGUUUACACGAUAAAAUGAAAAUGUACUGAAAUGAAAUAAAAGGAAAAAGAAAAAUAAUUCAAUAUCAAAAUAAUAUAUGAUUUUAUACCACACAAAAGUAUGUCCACAUAAUACCGAAUGAACUGAAAAUAUAAUAAUAAAUAAACAAUGGUCCAUUGUUCAACCAGAAUCUUAAGCACACAAGUAGUACAAUUUAGCUACUUAAGUACAAGUUCAUUAAAUAAAAAC